AAUCACUGGAGUGCAGACGUGGCGUUUCUCACACGGACUGAAGAUGCUGACCUCAGCUCUCUGCGCUCUCAUGAAUCCAAACUCAGAGUCAGACGUUCAACAGAUGAGAGAGUUCUGCAGCAACGACAUCCUGCAACACAGCAGCAGCAACUUCCUCAGAGCCGGCUUGGACCAGCCGUGUGGUACAGUCUGGUGUUGGAUGAGAGGCGUUUUCCUCCUCGAGCUGUUCUGGACGAAUCAGUGAGACAGCAGCCCAGGAGUCUGUCUCUGCAGGCUGGAGCUCAGCGCUGCCAACGUCUGGGCUUCUCCAUCCAGGAGACAGCAGAUUACGGACGCCCCGUUGCUGUUGUGCUGGAGACAGGUCUGCAGACUCCAGACGAAGGACCUGUACUGGAUCCUGAUUGGCCGAGCACCUUGAGGGCAGAGCUUCCCUUCUGGAACGGUUGUGAGCAGGAGGAGACCUGCGUCCCCGACCUGACCCUGCACGGCCACACAGACCUCAUGGAUGUCCAGCAGUUCUGCAGCUCCAGGGAGAGGGCCACGUGGUCACUCUGCAGCCACCGGGGGGCGCCGUCGGACGACUCGGCGUACGUGGUGGAGAACGGGCGGAGGAGGAUGGUGGUGUUUGCUCGUCUGGAGAACCGGGGAGAGAACGCCUACGGAGCAUCCAUCAACAUCUCCACCUCCUCCAACCUCAUCUUCUCCAGCCUCAUCGUGAAGGACCAAUCAGAUAUCCAGAUCGAGUGCUACUCCGAGGACAGACUGGCCAAUCAGAGGAGCUGUAACAUCAGCGCCCCGUUCAUGAAGUCCUUAUCCCAGGUCUCUUUCCGUGUGGAGUUUGAGUUCAGCCGUUCUGUCUUCCUGGAUCACCUGAGGAUCGUCAUGGCGACCAGCAGUGAUGGAGAAGAGGGUUACCCAGACGACAACAUCAAUGACAUCUUCCUCCCUCUGAAGUACCAGACCGACCUCCUCUUCACCAGAGACCCUGACCCUCCUCGCUUUGAAAUCCGAGCAGACAGAUCUUCCUCCUCCUCCUCCUCCUCUUCUUCGUUCAGGGACAAACCAGACAGCAGCUCCUCCACCUUUAACCUCACUUACUACAUCCAGAACCUGGGGAUCUUCUGGGUUCAGGACCUCGUGUUCAGAGCGGACGUCUGGGCCGUGACCUCUCAGGGCAGCCAGCUGGUGAACGUCACGGACUACAGCGUGGAGCAGGUCCAAGGGUCUCACUGCACGCUGCCACAGCAACCACGAGUCGGUCAGGUCUCUGCUGAGGACCUGACUCACCUGUCCCAGCUGAACGACAGUAACAGUGUGAGCGUGGCGGUGCAGUGCAGACUCAACCUGCCGCCGUCCAGAGAGCUGAAGGUGACGCUCCGAGGACAACUUCAACUUCCUGCUCUGCUGGCGGUGAGCUUCAGGUCUUUAGAGAUCCUGACGGAGGCCUCCAUCCAGCUGGAAGCUUCCAGUCCGAUGUUCCUCCAGGAGGACCGACCGCUCAGACAGAUAAUCCUGGAGCUCAGGAAGGACGAGGAUUACACCGUCCCCGUAUGGAUCAUACUGGGGAGCUCACUGGGAGGCCUGCUGCUGCUGGCCUUACUGGUGCUGGCCCUGUGGAAGCUCGGCUUCUUCAACAGACGGCGGCGACAGGAAGAGGAGGAGCAACCUGUAGCCAAUGGGAAGGCAGCAGAGGAGCUAUAAGGUGCGGGCGACGAUGAUGCAGCGUCGGUCGAUCCUCGUCAACUCUGAAAGUCCUGACAUCAUCAUCAUCAUCAUCAUCAUCAUCAUCACCAUCAUCAUCAUCAUCAUCAUCAUCAUCAUCAUCAUCAUGACUCCUGAGUUCAGUCUGACGGAGGGGUGGAGGUCUCUCUGAGUCAGCAGACUUCAGGGAUGCUGGUCUAACUAAAGAGGGGGGGCGCUUUGAAGACUAACCUGAGCUCUGACUCUAAACUCAGGACUCAGUUUUCAACAAAGAAAAUAAAGUUAAAAGGAUCAGUUAGACAAUAUUAAUGAU